AUGCAGAUGCCCAUGAGAGAUUCGCCAGGAGGCGUUAUGUUGCCGAGCACGCCAGGUUCCGCGGGGAUGGAUGCAUUUUUGAAUCUCAUCUCAGAGGAACAUUCGGCUCUGCUGCAGAUGGCCGCCGGUCAUCAGCAGGCGUGGGGACACCGACUCGAUGCGACCUUCAGUAAGCUGGCAAGCCUCACCAGCGAGCUGAGCGCUGUGUCUACUCCUUCGGUCAGCAAAGUCGUGACAUUGGGUGAGACCGAAAUCUCGAAGCCCAAAGAGGUCUUCAGUCGUGAUCCCAUUCCGCGUGUGAUGUUUGACAAGCCGGGCGUGAUGGACCCGGACAGCUGUCAGUCGACCGGAUCGAAGGAGAAUCCGGACAGUUGGGAGGAAGCUGGCCAUGCUUCAUCCAACUCCUCUUCGCAGAGCUCCGACAUCUCCGGCGAGUCGAUUUUAAAUAGCAGUCCUGGACGAGAUAUGGGCCGCCAGACGACGCCUUUCUCCCAUGCUUCCAUGAAAGAGUACGACAAAAAGAUCGGCUCCAAGCAACAGAAGGCUGAUCAGCUCGUCAUCCAGCAUUCCGUCACCCAGGAGGCAAAGCUGAGUUGCCCAAGCUUUCGAGCUACCUUGGACUACUUCGCUGGGGCUUUGGUUCUUCUCAACUCCUUCGUGAUGCUGGUGGAGUUUGAGUUGUCGGGGCGAGAGCUGGGACCAGCGUUCGGCCUCGAGAGCUAUCAGAUGACCCACGAAACGCGCAUGCUGUUUUCUGUCAUCGACGCGAUGUUUGUCUUCGUCUUCGUGGUGGAAUGGUCCAUUCGCCUUUGGUUUGAUCGCUGGCGUUUCGUCAGGGAUGCCACGAACCUGCUCGACACCAUCCUUGUUUUUUCUGGUGUUGUCGACCUGAUUUUGAGCUUUGCCUUGGAGGGAAGCGGAGCUUCGAGGAGCAUCGUCGUGCUGCGGCUCAUGCGUGCUGUGAAGUCUCUUCGUGCGGUGCGGAUGGUACGAAGCUUGCGCUUCUUUCAGGGGUUGCGCGUGCUGGUCAAGGCUUGCCAGUGCUUUCUACCAUCGCUCUGUUGGUCGAUGGUCCUCUUGCUGGUCUUCAUGUCCAUGGGAGCCCUGAUGAUGGGGAACCUCCUGCAAGACUUCGUGGUCAGUGAAGAGAUGGAUUUCGAAGACCGAAAGUGGAUCUUUAUGCGUUACGGAACCGCAUAUCGAGCUAUGUACACCCUUUUCGAAAUCACUUUCGCCGGCAAUUGGCCCACGAGCGCAAGGCCUGUGUUGGAGAAGGUUAGCCAAGCCUAUGUCUUGUUCUUCGUGCCCUAUAUAACUUUGGUGGUCUUCGCUGUUAUUCGAGUGAUCUCUGCGGUGUUCUUGAAAGACACGCUGGACGCGGCGCAAAACGAUGCGGAACAACUUGUGGUUGAUCGACUUCGCAAGAAGGCUCAGUACGUGGCCAAGCUUGAGAGUAUAUUCCUGGCCAUCGACGACUCCGGGGACGGAAUCAUCUCGGAGGAGAGGCUCAACGACAUCCUCCAGAAUCCGAAGGUCGCGGCGUACCUAGAAACUCUUGAGCUGGAUCUGCACGAAGGUGUCGCGCUCUUCCACUUGCUCGACAAUGGAGACGGGGAGGUCACUCUCGACGAAUUCAUUGACGGAAUUAUGCGGUGCAAGGGGCCCGCAAGAGCGAUCGACCAAGUGGCCAUGCAUGCGGAUAUCAAGUCUUUGGACCAGAAAGUUGCAAAGCUCGCGCGAAAGCUCCGGGAGAAGGAGGUGAUCCGAACUGCGCCUAGCCGACUGAGGAAGCAACGGACAAAAGCGGAGCACCUGAAGGUCUUCAGAACCGACGCCUCUAUGGAGCUGGUCGGUGCACGCAUGAUGUCCAAAUGA